AUGCCUUUUGAACAAGUUGUUUUAGAAACUUCAAAUGGAUUCAUUCGUGGAAAAAUGUGUGUUUCUGCGAGAAAUAAUAAAAGUUCUUUUAUAAGUUUUCAAGGUAUCCCGUAUGGAGAACCACCCAUCGGUGAUUUGCGAUUUAAGGCUCCUCUACCGGUUAAACCAUGGAUAGGAAUAAGAGACGCAUUAGCCGAAGGACCGGUUGCACCAUCUUUUAAUUUUUUUUUAGACCGUUUUGAACCAACUCAAGAUGAAAACUGUUUGUUUUUAAAUGUUUACACGCCAAAAGUACCCUCGAACAAAUCAGAAGACAUUUCAAUUCCGGUUAUGUUUUGGAUUCACGGAGGAGGUUUUUAUACAGGAUCAGGAAACACUGAUUUUUUCGGUCCUGAUUAUUUAAUAACCGAAAAUGUAGUUCUUGUAACUAUUAAUUAUCGAUUAGGCCCAUUGGGAUUUUUAAGUCUUCAAACGAAACAAUGCCCUGGAAAUAACGGUUUGAAAGACAUUAUUUUAGCAUUGAAAUGGUGUAAAACAAACAUUUCAAAAUUUGGAGGAAACCCGGACAAUAUAACACUAUUUGGAGAAAGUGCCGGUGGAGCUGCUAUUCAUUAUUUGUCUAUUUCUAAAGCUGCAAAAGGACUUUUCCACAAGGCCAUAUUACAAUCGGGAGUGGCAAUAAAUCCAUGGGCUUUAUGUAGGAAACCCAGAGAAUGUGCAUUUCAAUUGGGAGAAGUUCUUGGAUGUAAAACAUCAGACGAUGAUGAAUUAUUAAAAUUUUUAAGAGGAGUCAGUGCAGAAUUAAUAAUAAGAGAAGGAAGACACGUUUUAAAACAAGUUGAGAUUGACGAAUAUUUCUUGGAAAAUGCUUUUCUUCCAUGCAUAGAACCAGAAUCUGAAGAAGCAGUUUUAACAAAUCAUCCAGAAGAUUUUUAUUUAAAAGGGGAAAAAAUUGAUGUACCUUAUCUAAUUGGUUUUAACACAUUAGAGGGCCUCAUUAUGGUUGCAUUAAAAAGUGAUAAAAUAAUCAAUAAAGAAAAUUAUAAAGAUAAUUUAUAUAAAUUACUUCCGAAAAAUUUAAAUGUCGAACCGGGAACAAAUACAUCAGAAGAAAUAAUUAAAAGAAUCGAAAAUUAUUAUUUUCCAAAUGGAUUCGAAGAAAAAAAUUUAAUAAAUGCUCUUUCUGAUAUAUAUUUUUUAAACGGCAUUAAUCAAGUUAUCGAGUAUCAUUCUGCUUUUUCUGGAAAAACAAAUAAUCCGACAUUUGUUUACAAAUUUUCUUACGAUGGUGAAACUUUUACGUUGAAAAAAUUAUUAGGAUGCCACGACUGGAAAGGCGAUUUUUAUAAUUGGGGAUGUUUUUUAGGUACUUGUCACGGAGACGAAGUUAGUUACUUGUUCAAACAUUACAUUUCUGAAUCUACAAUUAUACCCGAUUCGAAAGAUUUCAAAGUUAUGGAAAUGGUAACGAAAAUAUGGACGGAUUUUGCUAAAUUUGGUAACCCAUCUUCGAAUGAUUGGCUUCCGAUUUCUAAAAAUAAAUUACCCUACAUGGAAAUUGAUUUUAAUUUAACUCAGAAAACUUUCGACGAAAGAGCAAAUUUUACAUUUUGGAAAAAAAUUAAGGAAAUCGCAUGUGAAAAUCAAGCUAAUUGCAAACUUUAA